AUGGCCAUUCAGAGGCGCCGCCAGGCCUCGCCAUUGAUACCCAACUCGCUUUUCACAGCAUGUCGCUGCACCGUCCAAAAGGGAACCCACGGUCUGGGUCGUGCCGCCGGCCUUCGUGUUCAUGGGGCAGACCGCUGGUCCAUUGGGCCAGGCAUCUGCCCUUUUGGAUUUAAUGCCUACCGCCUGGGGACCGCCCCAACGCCAGGCCCCUCCGACCUCUCCCAGCCUGUGGUGGUGGUCGGGACAUAUGGGGCGGUAAUGGUUGCCGCUACAACGUCGGGUUGGCCCUUUGCCAGGGACUGA